AUGUUACGGCGCGUGAUUAGUGGACUAACAGAUGACGAGAUUGACAUCCUGAGCUGUAAACCGACAGAUAUUGGUACGCACAGCCUGCGUAAGGGUAGCAGUUCAUAUGCACUUGGGCAGGUGAACGGACCCACUCCAGUCUCUGUAUACCUACGAAUGGGCCAAAGUUUAGGAAAACUUAAGGACCGGUAUAUUCAUUUUGGUGAAGGAGCGGAUCAGUUGUGUGGCAGAAUGAUCGCUGGACUUCCAUUCAAUUCCGAACGAUCUGCAUUUCCAUUUUUCCUCGCUUCAAUAGUGUAUCACGAGCAAUUUCUACGUGACACACUGAGUCCAGGACAUCCGAUUUUCAAAGCAAGAGUUUUCUCGUCAAACGAAUUAUUAAACCUUCAACGAGCGUCAGUCGUGUUGUCGUUAGGCACAUCUCCAGUUUGUGGAAUUAAAGCAACGGACAUACCUGCCCAUCUUGCUGUUGCAAAGGAGGUGAAAGACCUGCGUGAAGAGGUGUCCAAGCUCAACAAUGAGCUUGUAUUGCUCAGACAGGAUAUGAACACUAAACUACCUGAUAAUGUCGCGGACAAGGUUGUUGCCGACCUGAUGCAGAAAUUUGUUGUCAACGGGGUCGCUCCUGUGUCUCUCCAGGAUCUAGCAAACCUUCGAGUUGAUCUUGCAGCAGAGAUUCACAGAGCCAUCGGCACGAUUCAAGUACCACAGGGUAUUGCGACGCAGCCACCACGUGAGGUGCUGACGUCGGCUUGGCAGCGCUGGGAAUGGGGUGACGGGAAGCUCGCACAUGCUGUGCCGAAGGGGUGGGAAUUUCCUGCCCACACGAGUGUGAAGCAGCUUUGGAACUUGUGGUUUUUUGGCAAUAAGGAUAGUGGUAUCAGACCAUAUAAAUUGCUCAGCAAGCAGCACGAUAUCAAGCGAUCUCAUCAGAUGCGUCACUCGCGUGCUCGUAAAGUUAUGGAGUACAUCGUGCAGCUUACAAAACCUCCUGGCGCACUACCAGGAGAAGUGACGGACAUCUCGUCGUUGCAACUCGCAGCAGCAGAUAAAGUCUUCGGCGUUGUCUUCCAUACGCUGCUCUCACAGUUAUAUUGUAAUAUGCCAAAACGACCAGAAGAGCUCACUUACGGCACCAUUUAUAAUCGAUUGUGCAAGCACUUACAAACGCAACAACGCGAGCUAGUUCAGCAACAAACUAACUGA